AUGGAGCGAGGACUACACGAUCGUGAUCGGGUAGGUCUGCAGGAUCAAGUGCUGCUAGAGAAUUACCAGAGCGAGGAUGCGUUCAUCGAUAACCUGCGAAAACGGUUUCAAGAGAAUCUAAUUUAUACCUACAUUGGCCAUGUCCUGAUAUCGGUAAACCCAUACAAGGAGCUCCCGAUCUACACCGAGGACGACGUCAAAGAGUACCGGAAGCGACACUUUUUCGAGGCCCCGCCGCAUGUCUUCGCUCUCAGCGACAACGCGUACCGCUCGCUGACGGAGGAAAACCGAGGACAGUGUAUUUUAAUCUCUGGCGAAAGUGGCUCUGGGAAAACGGAAGCCUCGAAGAAGGUGCUACAGUUCAUAGCGGCUGCCACCGGUCACACGCACAAUGUCGAAGGGGUCAAGGAUAAGCUGCUGCAGAGCAACCCGGUCCUGGAGGCGUUCGGAAAUGCAAAGACGAACCGCAAUGAUAACUCAUCGCGUUUUGGCAAGUACAUGGACGUGCAGUUCGACUUUGCUGGUGUUCCUGAGGGCGGCAACAUUUUGAACUAUCUGUUAGAGAAAUCACGCGUCGUGCAUCAGAGUGGUGGAGAGCGAAAUUUCCACAUCUUCUACCAGUUGCUUGCUGGCGCUGACGAUAAUCUGCUGCGUGAGCUGCAUUUGAAGCGUAAUUUGGACACGUUCUACUAUCUGAGUGAUGGGGCCAACGGUAACGUUCCCAACAUUCGCGAUGCUGACAAUUUCCGAGUAGUUCAGAAGGCGAUGACCGUUAUUGAGAUUUUGGAGCAGGAGCAGCGACAAAUUCUUGACAUCGUGGCCGCCGUCCUUCACAUGGGCAACGUUGGUUUCACGGAGGAGGAAGGCAAAGCAAAAAUCCUAAAGCCGGAAUCGGUAACGGCGAUUGCGAAGCUUUUAGGAUGCAACGAGGAGCAACUGACGAAUGCAUUUACCCAUCGCACGAUUGAGGCUCGAGGUGAGAUAGUAACGAGUCCGUUAAACCGCGAUCUUGCGAUAUACGCUCGCGAUGCCUUGGCCAAGGCGGUGUACGAUCGCUUGUUCUCGUGGUUGGUGUCGCGUAUCAACACCUCGUUGCACGCGGCCAAUCUCGCGAAGAAAAACAGCGUAAUGGGCAUACUGGAUAUCUAUGGUUUCGAAAUAUUCAAGAAGAACAGUUUCGAGCAGUUUUGCAUCAACUUCUGCAACGAAAAGCUGCAGCAGCUGUUUAUCGAGUUGACGCUGAAGCAGGAGCAGGAGGAAUACUUGCGAGAGGGUAUCGAAUGGGUACCAGUCGAGUACUUUGACAAUAAGGUGAUCUGUAAUCUGAUCGAAGAGAAGCACAAAGGUAUCGUGGCACUUAUGGACGAAGAGUGCCUGCGACCGGGAGAUCCGACGGAUCUGAGCUUCUUGUCCAAAAUGAACGAUAAUCUUGGUUCGCACCAGCAUUACAUCUGUCAUAGUCGCGCCUCAACCACAGUACAGAAGACGAUGGGCCGCGAUGAGUUCCGACUGGUGCACUACGCCGGUGACGUAACGUACAGCGUGCACGGGUUCCUGGACAAGAACAACGAUCUGCUAUUUCGCGACUUGAAAGAAGCAAUGUCCGAGUGCAGUAAUGGCAUCAUCAAAAGCUGUUUCCCAACCUCGGAUAUCGGCAACAAACGUCGUCCUGAGACGGCCGUGACGCAGUUCAAAAACUCGCUCAACAACCUAAUGGAAAUAUUGAUGUGCAAGGAACCGUCGUACAUCCGGUGCAUCAAACCGAACGACCUGCAAACACACAGUCAGUUUGAUGUGGAGCUGGUACGGCACCAGGUGAAAUAUCUCGGGUUGAUGGAGAAUCUGCGUGUCCGGCGGGCAGGUUUCGCCUAUCGGCGCACGUACGAGUUGUUCCUGCAGCGCUACAAGUGUCUUAGUCGGCAAACCUGGCCGCACUAUCACGGUCCCGCUAAGGAUGGUGUGCAGAUACUGGCGAACGAGCUGGGUUACGAGAAGGAAGAUUAUCGGAUGGGCAAGACAAAGAUCUUCAUCCGGUUCCCAAAGACACUCUUCGACACGGAAGACGCAUUCCAAGCAAAGAAGCAUUACCUUGCCUCGAUCAUACAGGCUCGGUGGAAGGGUCGCCGCCAGCGGCACGCCUAUCUUGCGAUCCGUGCAAAAAUUAUCGUCGGGCAGACGUAUAUCAGACGGUACCUGGCGAUGCAGGAGUUGAAACGGCGCCGAGAAGCCGCCGCCAAAAUACGGUUCUUCAUAAAGGGAUUCAUCACACGCCACGAUGCACCGAACGAAUGCAACCGAUCGUUCAUUCAACUCACCAAGCGUCACUGGUUAGUGAAGCUGUCUAAGAGCCUGCCGAAGACCUUCAUGGAUCACACAUGGAUUGGCGCGCCCAAACACUGCCAGGAAGCGUCGGUGAUACUACGUCGGAUGCAUAAGCUCCACCUCGCUCGAUGCUAUCGUGUCGGGCUGAACGCAGAGAAGAAACGGCAGCUAGACCUGAAAGUCCUUUGCGAAGCUGUGUUCAAGAACCAUAAACGCAACUACCCGGAAAGUGUGGGUCCAUGGUUUGUGGACGAUCGCAUAUCGAAGCAGCACGCGACGCAGAUCUCCAACUUUACCGUCACGCAAAUGAAUGGGGAAAAACUGCAUUAUUCCACUCCUGUCGUCAAAUAUGAUCGGCGGGGCUACAAACCGCGCGAGCGGUUCUUCCUGCUGUCCAACAAGGCGGUCUAUCUGCUGGAUGGAAAAACGUACAAGCAAAAACAUCGGCUACCGCUGGAUAAGAUAGACUUUUGUAUCACCAACGAACGGGAUGGCAUAAUGCUAAUUCGUAUUCCGCUCGAGCUGAAAAAGGAUAAGGGCGAUCUUAUACUGGACAUUCCAGAUAUUAUCGAGUGCUGCAUAUGGAUUCUGGACGUAACUAAGAAUCGCAGCAUCGUUAACAUCGUUGACACAGGAUCGCUAUCCCACAACCUAGUCAGAGGAAAGACUGGCGUCAUCGAAAUACAGACAGGUCCCCAGCCAAGCAUAACGCGUGCCAAGAGUGGCAAUUUGUUGGUGAUUGCUGGCCAAUAAUCAAACGGCUGUUCCGCGGGAUGCGGUACAACUAGAAAAGGCAGGUACUUAGAUACGGAAGUAAGUUAUAGAUUUGAAUCGCGUAAGGAAUGAUUUUUGAACGGCGAUGAUUGGGAACAAGUACGCUCAUACCAUACCCUGCUACGGACGGGCGGUGCACAUAUGCACCAUUGUACUGUAGUAAACCUACAACAGCACGCAAGCCGUAACGGGGUAACUAAUUUAUACUGAGAAGCACCACUGUGCUGUGAUGUGAUUAGGUUGCAGUUUUAACCCUAAAAAUGAACGAAAUUUAACGAAAAAAUUCAAAUCGGCACGAGAUUGCUAGAAGUGUUUAAAAAAAGGGUCGUUUAUUUUCUAGCAAACGCAAGGGCGAGAGAACUAGGGGAACUGGGAUCCCUAAUUUUGCACAUAACGCAUGUCACUCUUUCCCUAUAACUAAGGACCAAGUAAAUUUCGCAAGGGAAAUUUGAAAACGUAAAAAAACGUCCCAUAACCAAACACAUCGAGGCAACAAGGGAGGGAACAGAAACUAGGUCGACGCCCUCAUAUGCUUUGUUAGGGAAGGGAGAAAAAACACACGCAAGGAUACAUGUGCGUAUGUACGUUACGCAUUUGGAACUGAUGGAUAAAUUCGCGAAAGGAUAAGAAUGAGCAAGAAUAAUAGCGCCUUGUCCAUGUAAAAUAGAAAAGUGCCAUUAGCAUUAGGUUUUUGUCUGAGAGAGAGAGAGAGAGAGAGAGAGAGAGAGAAAGAAAAAUAGAAAGAUAUACAAAGAAGGUAAACGUCGAAGAUGCUCCGUGCGAUCCAUCCUUUCUGACUUGGGCGUGAGGAGAAUUAUCAUACACUUUUGCACAGAAAAGCAGCUACUAUUGGGCGCAAGUGAUUCUUAUAUUAGGUAGCGUUAUCUAUAGCGCAGGGGAGAAAAUUCAGACGGUAAGUAAUAAUCUAUGUUUAACGAUGUAAUCGAUUGAAGUUAAUUAAUUACAAAAUGGCAUGUACAAUACUUUGGCACCAAGCAGAUAGGUCAAAUUGUAGACAGUUUGGCCAGGAUGAUCGUUUGUUUUCUGGAGUUAGUUGAUUCUUUUGUUUUACUAUUGCGAUCACCCUCGGAGGACGAAGGAAACCGGUAGGAGCAGAGACAGUUUCAAUUAAUUUCCCAUUUUCGUUUUAUUAUUACAUUUUUAUUUCUAAGA